UCACCUGGAGAGCUGGAGCAACUGGUGUUUCGCGGUUGAUUCGAAAAUAACUGGGGUCGUCAGCGUUGCGCCGAUUUCUUGCUGGAUAAAUUGUUCCAGAGAUUUAUUCAACAGAAAUACCCAUCGUUUUCUACCCCGUUUUCUUCCCUACGAUUUCUCAGAAACACUUGUAUGCACCUGGACAGAAACAAGCGAUUGUGACUCAAGAUCCGGCAGACACACAAACACUGGGUGCUUGCCUACUUAUGUCUGUCAUUGUCUGAGCCUACUUAUGUCUACUUAGGUACACCGUGCGUAUUGUAUUCAGUUCUAUGCAUAAUAGACACGGAUUUCUCUCCGAUUUUCAGGUUCUACACAGUACACAAAAGAAUUACUAAACAGCGAAGGAUCCAUUAAUGAUUGCCUGAUUUUCUUACUUUUCAAUCUUACCCGCAAAAUAUCGAAAUUCCUUCCCUUUUUUUCGGGGCUCAUUCAUCAACUUUGCACACAUCUUUCCUUCGGGGGCCGAAGUUCUUAGGUAGCCAAGACAAACAAUCCCCGAACUUGUUCCCACCCGGCCCCGGAUCGUUAUCCGAUCAAAACCUAUUCGGCCAUGGGAACGUUCACGCUUUCAUCAAAGCAGAAGCUUUGUGCUAUUAUCUGCAUAUCGUUCUCUUUCUUCGUAGCGGAGAUUGUUGUGGCCUUCUAUACCAAGUCGCUCGCUCUACUUGCCGAUGCCUUUCAUUAUAUGAAUGACCUUAUCGGCUUCGUCGUGGCCUUGGGCGCAAUCCUUGUCUCGGAACGCGCCGAGUCGCCCACCAAUUUUUCUUUUGGCUGGGCACGCGCUCAGCUACUCGGUGCCUUCUUCAAUGGCGUUUUCCUCCUUGCCCUCGGCAUCUCCAUCUUUCUUCAGUCCAUCGAAAGAUUUAUUGCCGUCGAACGCAUCGAGAGCCCCAAGCUUGUUCUGAUUAUGGGAUGUGUUGGAUUAACCCUUAACAUCAUCAGCGCAACUCUGUUGCAUGAACAUCAUGGCCACGACCAUGGUGGACAUGGCCACUCGCAUGCUCAUGGUAGCUCUCAUACUGAUAUACACGAACACGAUCACGACCAAAGCCAUCGCCACGUUAAUGUCGAGUCGGGCUUACAAGGGACGGAAUCCUCUGGUGAUGAUCGAGAUGUGGUUCCCUUAACUCCCAUCAGCGCUCAUGCGGAGCACCGCCACACCAUCGUGGACCUGCAAUCUGCCGGUCGCGAUCUCGGCAUGAUGGGAGUCUUCAUCCACGUGAUCGGCGACGCAUUCAACAACGUCGGUGUCAUCAUCGCCGCUUUGGUCAUCUGGCUCACGACUUCCCAGCACCGCUUCUACGCUGACCCCGGCGUGAGUAUGGGUAUAGCUAUUAUGAUCCUACUCUCUUCGUUCCCUCUUGUGAAAAAUAGUGGCAAGAUCCUCAUGCAAAGCGCGCCCAAGGGCGUGGAUCUUGAAGACGUCAAGCAUGACCUGGAGAAGAUCCCCGGAAUCGAGUCCGUCCACGAGCUGCACAUCUGGCGUCUCGACCAAAAGAAAGCCAUCGCAACCGCCCACGUCGUCGUGUCCAACAACAACAUGACGGACUUCAUGACCCGAGCCCGCACUGUCGGCGAGUGCCUGCACGCCUACGGAAUUCACUCCGCGACACUGCAGCCCGAGCUCGCCACCCCGUCUCCCUCGGUUAGUAGCACGGAGAACCUAGUUGCGAGACCAAUGGUGGUAGCCACUGCGGCUCAACAGGCGACGGCUGCAUUACCCACGAGUGCGUCGAUUAGAAGACGGCGCCCGGAAAUGUCGUCGACGCCCUGCCAGAUUGCGUGCGGGAACUUGUGCGAGAGCUUGACAUGCUGUAAUGCCGACACCAUGCGUCUUUAAGGGGGCUCUGGUGGAAGGCGAAAUCGGUGAUGGUUUCGUAGUAGGAGUUGGUUUGGACUAGGUUUGUGUCUUGCAUGUUGGGAUCGAAACUUACGGCUGGAAUAGGGGCUUCAUUGGUCCAGUAGCCGCAUAAGUAGGUACAAAUGUGCUUCAAAUCAGUGCCUAAAUCACGGCCUGUUCAUGAUAUGAUAUUAAAUAAUAAAAAUUCGCAGCAGCGUGAAACUAUCUCGAGUCCAAGAAAUGAGACACCCGGGCAUAGUGAAAUCAGGGGUUAACUU